AACUGACAUUUGACGUGCAGAUGAGCUUCAGUGAGAAGUGGCUGAGAUGGCAAGAAGAGACUCCGACUAUGGAGCUUUCAUGGAGAAAUUCGUUUUACAACCGAGCUCUUCGCAACACCAACUUCCCCUAAAUGCCCUCACUUUUGCCGUCAAAGACAUAUUUGAUGUGGAUGGAUAUGUAACUGGAUUUGGGAAUCCUGAUUGGGCAAAGACUCACUCACCUGCCGCAUCAACUGCUCCAGCAGUUUUGGCCAUCUUGAAUGCUGGUGCUAAAUGUAUUGGUAAAACUGUCAUGGAUGAAAUGGCAUACAGUAUAAAUGGAGAAAACAUACAUUAUGGGACUCCCAGAAAUCCAUAUGCGCCAGAUACAGUUCCUGGAGGAUCUUCUAGCGGGUCUGCUGUUGCAGUUGGUGCUAACCUUGUAGAUUUUUCCUUAGGAACUGACACUGGAGGAAGUGUAAGAGUACCUGCAUCUUAUUGUGGAAUUUUCGGGUUUCGGCCUUCUCACGGUGUUAUUUCUACUUCUGGAGUUAUCCCUAUGGCACAAAGUUUUGAUACUGUGGGAUGGUUUGCUAGGAAUCCUGUGCUUUUGAAUAAAGUUGGACGUGUACUACUGCAAUUGCCCGACAUAAAUCCUGUCACACCUGCUCAGUUUAUCAUUGCAGAUGACUGUUUCCAGCUUUCAACUAUUCCGAGCAGUCGAGUAGAAGAAGUUCUAGUUAAAUCAGUUGAGAAGUUGUAUGGAAGUCGUCUUGUUAAGCAUGCUAACCUUGGGGACCAUGUCAAGGAAAAAGUUCCAAGUUUGAGUACUUUCCUGCCUAAAGCAAAUGCAGAUCAAGAAUAUAAUAUACCAUCCUUAGCAGCACUGUCAAGUGCUAUGCGUCUACUUCAGCGGUAUGAGUUCAAGAAUAACCAUGGCAAAUGGGUGAGUACUGUCAGACCUGAUUUAGGUCCUGGAAUUUCAGAACGUGUACAGGAAGCUCUAAGGACAACUGAUGAAAAUAUUGAUAUCUGUCAAUCUGUGAAAACUGAGUUACGUUCUGCUCUUGCUGCUCUCCUUGGGGAUUUUGGUGUACUUGCAAUUCCAACAGUUCCAGGAUCUCCGCCAAAACUACAAAUAGAUCCUACUACACUGGAAACUUUUCGUGCAAGGGCUUUUAGCUUGCUAUCCAUAGCUGGAGUAUCUGGAUUUUGCCAGGUAAGCAUUCCACUGGGGCUGUACGACAACCUACCUGUGUCAGUUUCCUUGUUGGCAAAACACGGCUUAGAUGGAUUCCUUCUCAAUCUAGUUGAGACUCUUUAUCCCACCAUCAAAGAAGAGCUUGGAUUGCAAUAAAACAAGUUACUAAUCCUGCUCCCCUCCUAAUAUGUUAAGUAACUUAGUCUAAUAGAAGGAUUUUGCUAAGAACCAAGUACUUGACCAGGGAAUUAGGAGAAUUUUCCUUUUCUGCUUGCAGGCUAGCAUGGGUUUUAUCUGAACCUGCAAUAGAGAGAUAUAGUUGCAGCUUCAUGAUUUUCAGAAUUAUAUGACCCUGUAAGUAACUUUUAUUAAGGUUAUUAUGUAUUUAUUUCAAUGAAAUAACAUGUAAAUUGUAUAAUAUAAUAUGGAUAAAUUCCAUUCAGCAUUUAUGGAAAAACAAAGUUCUGAAUGUUUUACACAAA